AGGGCAGAAAAGCUUUUGUGGGCCGCCCGCUGUUGCAUUGGCUCGCUCGGCCUCCUCCUCCUCCCCCGUUGGAGCCGCCGCCGUUGCCGCCGCCAUAUCUGCGGGGCAACCCAAACUUGUUACACACUGGCACCAACUCCUCCUCUUUCUCGGUGCAGCUGGGCUCCUUUUUAAUUUCCAUCAAUUGACGGUGCGGGGCGGCCAGGCCUGGCUGAACGGUUCCUGCAACCGGGGGCGCUGGUGGGGGAGAGGUGGCGUUCUUCACAAAAGCCGCGACUAACGAAGUUGGAAAGGCGGCGUAGCAGGAUUGUUUUCCUCCUUGUGGCUUCUGUGGAUACCAUGUGGGAAGAUUCCUUCAGCAGCUACAAGGCUUUUGUUGCUAUUUUAUAUUCCAGUCCAACUAAUCAGAAGCAUGUGCUUAAGAAGCAGAAGAAUUACUGAGGCUCAUUCUGGAAGCUUCUUCUGUUCACCAUUGUGGCAAAUAUAUAUUUGUUGGAAGAAGUGAUCCAAUAGACAUUUGCAAGAAAUCAACAGCAUAUUUAAUUGGAUUUCUAUAUUUGCACAAGCUUUUUAAGUUAAAAGGCAUUUUUUUUGCCACAUGAACAUUUUGCUGCUAUAGUUACUUAUCUACAAUUGUAGAACAAAAAUCUUUGACAUGGCUCUUGUUCUAUAUGGGAUCAUGAGUUUAUAUCUUGGAAUGUCAGCGGCGUUAGGUCCAGUACCCCGAAUUACCUGGGAACAUAAAGAAGUUCAUCUGGUACACUUUCAAGAGCCAGAAAUAUCUAACUACUCAACCUUAUUACUAGACGAAGACAGAGAUACUUUGUACGUGGGGGCUAGAGAAGUUAUAUUUGCUUUGAAUUCAUUCAACAUUGUGGAAAAAAAGGAAGAGGUGUUUUGGAAGGUAACAGAAGACAAGAAAACGAAAUGUGCAGAAAAGGGCAAAUCAAAACAGACAGAGUGCCUUAACUAUGUUCGUGUCUUACAAUAUUUGAAUGAUACUUUGCUCUAUGUAUGUGGAACAAAUGCAUUUCAGCCUAUCUGUGAUCAUUUGAAUCUGGCAACAUUUAAGCUUAUGGGGAGAAAUGAAGAUGGUAAAGGAAGAUGCCCAUUUGAUCCUGCACAAAGUUAUACAUCAGUCAUGGUUGAUGGGGAUCUUUACUCUGCAACAUCUUACAAUUUUUUAGGAAGUGAACCUAUUAUUUCUAGGAACUCACUGCAAAAUCCACUAAGGACAGAAUAUGCAAUUCCUUGGCUUAAUGAACCAAGUUUUAUUUUUGCUGAUGUGAUAAGAGCUGAUCCAGAAAGCCCUGAUGAAGAUGAUGACAAAGUGUACUUCUUUUUCACUGAGGUAUCAGUGGAAUAUGAAUUCCUUAACAAACUGAUGAUUCCAAGGAUAGCUAGGGUUUGUAAGGGGGACCAAGGAGGCCAUCGAACUUUACAAAAAAAAUGGACUACCUACCUCAAGGCUCGGUUGUUUUGUUCAGUCCCAGAGAAAAAUUUAUUUUUCAACAUUGUCAACGAUAUUUUUAUUCUAAAGACUUCAAAUUUAAAAGAACCAGUGAUUUAUGGGGUUUUUACUCCUCAGUUGAAUAAUGUAGGUCUCUCAGCAGUGUGUGCCUACAAUAUUUCUACAGUGGAAGAUGUUUUUGCCAAAGGAAAGUACAUGCAAAGCACCACAGUUGAACAAUCCCAUACAAAAUGGUUGCGAUACAAUGGAGAGAUUCCUAAGCCACGGCCUGGAGCAUGUAUAAACAAGGAGGCCAAAGCAGAAAAUUUCAAGAGUACACUCAACUUACCUGACAAAACCUUACAGUUUGUCAAAGACCAUCCUUUGAUGGAUGAUUCUGUGACUCCAAUAGGAGACAGACCCAGAUUGAUCAAGCGUGAUGUGAAGUACACCCAGAUUGUGGUGGACCAAGUUCAUGCAUUGAAUGGCACGUUAUAUGAUGUCAUGUUUCUUGGUACAGAUCAAGGUGCUCUUCACAAAGCAAUCAGCUAUGAAAAUGGAAUGCAUAUUAUUGAAGAAGUUCAGCUCUUCCCAAAUUUUGAUUCUAUUCAGACUCUCUUGCUUUCUUCGAAAAAGGGAAAGCAAUACCUCUAUGCAGGAUCCAAUACAGGAGUAGUCCAGUCACCUGUUGCAUUUUGUGAGAAGUAUAGUACUUGUGUGGACUGUGUCCUGGCAAGAGAUCCAUACUGUGGUUGGAAUUCCCAUAAAUCCGUUUGUACUGAUAUCUUCAAAGAAAGUGAGAAUAACAGGGAUUGGAUUCAGAAUAUAACUGGAGAUGCCUCUUCUUGUUCAGAUAAAGUCAGAGAGCAUUCUCUGCAGCACACUUUCGGGCAUGGGAGCACUGCAGAGUUAAAAUGUUCAAAGAAAUCCAAACUGGCACAGGUGGUUUGGAAAUUCAAGGAUGAUGUGCUAAAGGUGGAAAGCCCUAAGUACCGUCUUCUGGAGAAAGCAUUGCUCAUCUUCAAUUUGUCUGAGGGUGACAGUGGUGUUUAUCAAUGCCUGUCAGAGGAAAAAGUGAAGAAUCAAAAGUUUUCACAAGUGUUGGCUAAGCAUGUUUUGGAACUGAAAAAAAUCCAGCAUACCACUCUGAGCCCAAAGCAGCCUAUUCCACAAACAGAAGGUAACAAAGGGACAUCCAGAAUGGCUUCUUUUGCUACUGAAGGGAUAGCUCUUCACAUUCCAACUACUCCAGUUGUACCAGUCACAACAAUCAGGAUAGAAACAAAUCCUCUUGUCCCAAUGUUAACGAGCACUGCCUCCAAUAUUGAACGCUCCAAAUCACUUCUUGAGGUCCCUGAAAAGACCAUGUUUCUAAAAUCAAAUGAUAGUUCCCUGUUGAUGUUUCUCUUUUUGUUCUUUUUUGUGCUGUUCUUGAGUCUGUUUGUCUACAAUUGUUACAAAGGAUAUUUACCAGACCAGUGUCUGAAGUUCCGCUCUGCUAUGUUACUUGGGAAAAAGAAGCCCAAGGCAGAUUUUUCUGAUUGUGAGCAAAGUGUGAAAGAGACCUUGGUGGAGCCAGGCAGUCUCCUGACCCAAAGUGGAGAACAUCCAAAGCCAUCACAUGACACAGGCUAUGAAACCGAAGCAGACUAUGGCAAUGGCCACGUUCAGCAUGAUGAGGACCAUUCGCAAUCUUACAAAGAUGUCAAGGACAAACCUUUUGAUGUUAAGUGUGAACUGAAAUUUGCUGACUCAGAUGCUGAAGCUGAUUAAAGGCAACAGGUCCCAGUUUUUCUGAUGAAAGUUUGAUUGUUCUAAAUUGUUUUGGUUUUUUUAAUACACUGCAUUUUAAAUGUGAUAACUGGGCCGCAAAGGGCUAUCUAUAUGUUGUUAGUUCUAUGUGUGAUACUUUUGUCAUUUCACACCUGGAUUGAACAAAGAACCAUCUGCUGUGUUCUAAAAAACAUUUUGUUCCACAUUUAUUUUUCUCAUCUGUUCGUUGAAUUUUUAUUUUAAAUGGCCAGUUGUAAAUUUCAAACUUGUUUCCCCCUUGAGGUUGAUUUAACAUUUGCACAUACUACUUUAUUUCCUGUUUUCAUAGAAAAUAAAAUUAACUCUUUUUGCAGAUCCAUGCCAAAAAGGAUUUAAGUAGCUACAGCUUGCAUAUAUUUAACUGCUGUUAAAAAUCUAAUUUCAGUUUAAUUCCAAAUUGGAAAUAAUAUUUAGUUUAUCAGAUUGGUAAAUUAUAGGCUUUUUGUCCAGUUUUGGACAUUUCUUUGCAUUUAGUGAUUUAUAAUGCUUAAUGUACUGCCGUCAUUGUAUUUUGUCUGUUAACUAUAGUUGAUGAAAGAAGCAUUUAAGUUUUCUCAAACAGUUUGUGUACCUUUUGUAAAAUAUGCUGUAUAUUGGGACAGGUCUGGAUAGAUUUGCAUAAGGUUCUCAGGGAUACGUUUUGGUUAAAUGAUUUUGUUUUGUUAUUUUUAGAGAUACUACUAUGGUAAUCACUAUAAGUGCUCAAUUUUGGAUUAUGGGGAAAUAUAGCUUAGAAAGAGGUUUUUAAAAAAAGGUAUUAGACACUGCCACACUAACUACAUUUUGGGAUUUUUUUAAGUGGAUGAUGGGAAGGCACUGUCACCAAACUGCAGACAUUCUGAGAGCCUUGUGUGUUUACAAUGCAGACUUUGACAAACAUUGGAUGGAUGUCCCUGAAGAGGUGAUAGAGACUACUUAUUUUUCAAUCUUUUUCACAGUUGGAAAGUAAUCAGAUUACACCACCCGUAGUCAACUUUGCCAAAUGUUUUCACACUUUUGUCACAUCUUCCAUCAUUUGAAAAAAAGCAAGUGAAGAAACAAGACAGACAAACCAAAACUGCCCCCAAACUGUUUUAUAUCUUCAUGGAUUAAAAUACAUUAAAUGUGGUUCACAGUGGCACUAUUUGUAUGUAAAAUUCUUUUGUGAUGUACAGUUUUAAUACUUGUAUUUUGCUGUCUCUGUGUCUCUCCUUUGUGUUACAAGAAACAGGGAGGUUAGGAAUAGCAAGAAAUCUCCUUGCUCCCAAGGGUUUUUUUUUGGGGGGGGGGUUAACUCCCGAACCUCUCUUAGAUGGUAUUGCUGUGAAUAGUUCUAUAUUUUGUAUGAUUCAUUUUGCUUUUAUUUUUCUAUCUUAGCUAUGUAUAUGUGAAAAGAUUAUGGAAUAAAUAUUGAAAUUCAUUGCA